AUCUGUGUGAGGUGGAGCCGUUACCUUGUGAUGUCUCUAGCACAACAUGCACACAGGUCAAAGGCCAAGCUUUUUGCUCCUGUAAAGAGGGCUACAUCUCCAUGGUCUACUCCAACAUCAGCUGCAAAGCUUGUCCAAGUGGGCAGCAGGCAGUGGGGAAUACAUGCCGGACAUGUCCAUUUGGGUAUGGUGGUUUCAACUGCAAUGACUCGUCUCUGCUGGCAGUGGUGGUCAUCUCCUGUGUUUUAGGAGGAGUUCUUCUUAUCCUUGUUCUGGCUUUGCUGGUUUACUGCUGCUGGAGGAGAUGCUCAAGGACCAAGCCUAACAGCAACACCAGUCCAUACUCUGAGAACUUGAACAAAUCAUGGCCUAUUACCAUCACCCCCAUCCCGCGUGCUAACACUAACUGGACUUCAACAGAUUCCAUAGAGAUGACACAAGGGGGCAGCACCAACACACUGGUGGACAAAAAGCAACAAAGCAAUGGCUUUGGGUCUAAGCUGACGCCAAAAGGAUGGAUAAAGUCAGGAUCGUAUGAUCUGAACCCAGAGGAGAUGAAGACUUUCAAAGGUAGAAACAUGUCCCGUUACUCGUAUCUGGUCGAAGGGCACGAGAACCCCUACUUCCUUCCUGGUGAUGAGAAGAAAAACUGAGAUGACAAAACUCCACAAAGAAAUUAUGAUCAAACUCUUUGGGACAACUGGCAAACUUUCUGAGCAGGAAUAUGUUAUUUAUAAACACACUUCCCAUCCUAAACCUGCUUGGAUUGAUGAGGAAUCAUCUAUAUGCUGAAAAAAACUGCAACCAAAGGGAUUCAAGUUGAGAUGUUUUUAUCAUGCUAUUUUUUAUGUAAAUGUGUGAAUGAUGUCUGCCUUUAAGAAGCACAGCCAGUAGGUGUUGAUGUUGCUCAUUAAUUAUAAACGCAGUUCUUUUUUUUCCUUGAAAGAAAAUCGCCCUGUAGUUUUUUAAUAAUCAUGCUUCCUUUGCUGAUUGCACAAAAGUAUGUGUGAAGAUUACUUCUAUUUUGAUCUUUUCAAUCAAAGGUGAAUUGAAUGAUGGUUUGAUUAAGUUACUGUAACUAAUCUUCAGUAUCAUAGCUGCUCAGAGAAACACAUCUUGUACAACUAAAGGGGCUGGAUCCCUGGUUUGGAUUUAAAAAUAUUGUAGCAGUCUAAUGCUGAGUAUUGCAGAAUGUGCCUGGUUUAGUCGUCUGUUUUACAAAUAGGAAACAUUAUGCAACGCUGGUGAUAAAGCCUGUCUCCUGGAUGUGCCAAUUAUCAUUUGUAUACUUUUUUUGGGGGAGAAUCUAUAUUAAUAUAUUUAUGUUUUUGUGUAUGGGGCAAUGUUUUGUAAGUGACAAUUGUUUUGUAAAUAUGUUAAAAAAAAAUUGGCUGAGUGUGUCUGUGUGUGUGUGUGUGUGUGUGUUUGUGUUUGUGUGGGUUGAUUGGUGAAAUAAAAUAUUUUAAACACAACAAAUUUGUCAUGUUUGCUGCAACAAAACACCCCAACAUAAGGAGUUUUUUUCCAGUUUAUUUCUGGUUUUUAUUCCUUUGUUUUGUUGCUAUUGGAAUUCCAAAGGCUCCAAAUGUCUUUAAAAUAUUA